GGCUGGGUGGGAGGCACGUGGAUGGGGAAAGACUACAAUUCCCAAGAGCCUUUUCGGUAGGGCUCGCAGAAGCCCCAGGUAUAAGAGAGACGCUGAGCCGGCUCCCUCUGAUAGGUAGAAGGGUUCAGCCGUCUGUCUUUUUAGCGGGGCUUUUGGUUUGAGUAGCUGCUGCACCUGAUUGUAUCUUCUGUUCCUUUUCUUUGCUGCGGUUACUCAAAGAUUACUACAAGCUACUGUCUGACCCCGUUUGUGAAUUGCUUGCUUAGCUAAGUAGAGCGGCUGCGGGCAGAUAGUAACCCUCCCCCUUUCAUCUUCCAUCUUGGCCUCCGAACUCUCCCACCCACCUUUUUACCAGUUUUAACUGAGGCCAAGGCUUGGUCUUUCUGCCUGCAAAGGUCUUUCUGCCUGAUUGCUUUGUGUUGACUGAACAUGGCUGACGAGUGUCCCAUAAUGACUCUUCAGCGGGAAGUGACCUGCCCCAUCUGCCUGGACUACCUCACAGACCCGUAUACAGUUGACUGUGGACAUUAUUUCUGCCGUGUCUGCAUUAACCGCUGCGUGAUAGAGUCUACCGCGAAAGCCACCUGCCCUCAGUGCAGAGCAGAGAUUCACCCGGAGAAUUUUUCGCCAAACAAGGACAUAGUCAGGUUUGUUGUAAUAUCAAAACGGAUGAGCCGCUAUAGAGAUUGGGGACCAGACAAGAGGGAUACAUGCGAGAUACACCAGGAGCCCUUGAAGAUUUUCUGCAAAAACGACCAAGUACGCAUCUGUUCAGUGUGUGACAGAUCAGAAGAACAUGAGAACCAUGACACGAUUCCUGUGGAUGAAGCUGCUCAUGAGUUGAAGGGACUGAUUUUUACCUGCCUGCAUCACGUGAGGCAGGAAAGAGACAAAGUUACGCACUACAGGACCUCCACUGAGGAAGAACAUCAUGAGUUAAGGUUGAAGAUGACCGAAGGGAAGGAAAAAAUAACGACCGCUUUCAGAAUACUGCGGGAAUUUCUGACUGACGCAGAACUCCUUGUGGGUAAUGAGUUGAGCCAACUGGAAAAAGAGAUUGGGAGGACAAUGGAGGAGAACUUGAACCUAGCAUGCGAGAAGCUCGCCUCUUUUGAGCUCAUCCUUGAGAACAUGGCAGAUAUGUGUCGGUUGCCGGAAGAUGAACUCCUGCAGACAGCAAGUAAAUAUUGGUUUUCCCACAGGUGGGCGAGGGAGAAAUUUGACAGACCAGUGGAAUACGCUCCUGCACUGAAAUGGAGAAUAUGGGAGCUGUGUGAUCUUCAUAACUUUAUGGAGAUUUCUGUGAAUCAUAUCCAAGUCCUGUUUGACUCCGGAUUUCGGGUACAUUACAAUAAAGUAAAUGUGAUUCUGGAUUCUGCUACGGCCCACCCUAGACUGGCCGUGUCUGAGGACUGUAAAGUAGUCAGAUGGGAUCAUCAGGAUCGAGGGGUUUUCGACAAUCCACGGAGGUUCAACUUGUGUCCUUGCGUGCUUGGCUGCGAAGGGUUCAACUCCGGCAAAGUUUAUUGGGAGGUUGAUGUAGGGAUUGAGGGCGACUGGGCCAUUGGCGUGGCCAAGGAGUCUUUAAAGUGCAAGGGUAAAGUGGUCCUGAAUUCUGAGAAAGGUAUCUAUGCUAUCGGGAAGUGUGGAGACCAAUAUUUUGCUUUUGAGCGGAUGAAUUUUACUUUCCCAUGGCGGGUUUUGAAGGCCAUGAGAAUCAGAGUCUCCUUGGACUACAUUGGGGCAGGUGUUGUGUUUUCCGAUGCUGACGAAGCAGUACAGCUUUUUGAGUUCCGAGAGGAGUCGUUCCACAACGAGAAGCUUUAUCCUUUCUUCUGGUUACAUCGUGGUGGCCAACUCAAAAUCCCUUCUUAGGGACAGCCCAAGUAAAACCUACCUAGCAGAAACGGGAUUCUUUUUUAAGCCUGUGACCUUUUCAGUUCUAGUUAGUUAAACAAAGUUUGCUGACAACAAUGGGGUUUUUUUGCUUGUCCAGUUGUUAAACCAAGUUUGUGGAUUGCUGCUGUUCAAGUAUGGGUCUCUGAAUACUGAAUAAAGUUCAAUGAUAUCUUAAA